UGUCGUCGACCGCGUUUCCCUGAAUGACGACCUUUGUUCCCCGACAUCCGGCGCAGCCCCCUUCUCCAUCUGCCAUGGUGACAUGACGCACUCCUGAGUGGCUCGGCUGCUUUCUCAGACACACACUGACAACCUCUCGGGCUCGUCAACCACCCCCCCAAACUCGUGUAGUCGCUUUCAAGUCUCCAUCAAACUAAAAGAGAUAUCUCCUCCUCCCACGCACAACACCUCUCCCAGUUUGCGAUGACGGUGGCCGUGCGAUUCCGUCGCCACUUACGUCGGCUCCUGCUCCUGCUGGCCUCCUGCUGUCUCCUCUCCCUCCUUCUCUCGGCUUACUUUCUCUUCACCAACUCCUCUCCGUCCAUGCAGCUCGGACAAUCUCCCGAACCCGCCUGCUCCCAGCCCCUCUCCAUGUCUCCGUACCGCCAGCUCCCAAAUCCGUACCCACCCAACCCACCUCACACGCAUGUACACACUGACCCAGUGGUGCUGGUGCUGGUGGAGUCCCAGUACUCCCAGCUGGGCCAGGACAUUGUGGCUAUAUUGGAGUCGGCGCACUUCCAGUUCCGCAUGGAGAUUGCCUCAGGGAAGGGCGACCUCCCGCCGCUGACGGAAAAGGGCCGUGGACGAUAUUCGCUAAUCAUUUAUGAGAACCUGUUAAAGUAUGCACAUUCCGACACAUGGAACAGACAACUGUUGCAUCAAUACUGCACUGAGUUCAGAGUGGGCAUCAUCGGUUUCUACCGCUCCAACGAGAACUCCCCUCCUCUCCUCAAACUCAGGGGCUUCCCGCUGGUGUUAAGGACCAACCAGGCACUUUGGGACUGUUGCGUGGUGUCUAGCUCCCCCCUCCUCCACCUGACCAAGCCUGGCUCAGACCGAGGGGCCUUACCUGGGGAGGACUGGACCUCCUUCUCCUCCAAUCACUCCACAUACCAGGCUGUGCUGCACGCACGGGCCAAGGAGGGAGCAGGGGCAGGCAGCGGUGACAACCCAGGUUCAGGCCACAGUUUAGGCCUCCAAGCCACCGUGGUCCAGGACAUGGGACUGUAUGAUGGCGUGAGGAGGGUACUGUUUGGCCAGGGACUGGGCUACUGGCUCCACAGACUCAUCCUGGUGGAUGCCAUCUCCUACCUCACAGACAGGAAGCUCACUUUGGGUCUGGACCGGCACGUACUGGUGGAUAUAGAUGACAUUUUCGUCGGGAAGGAAGGGACACGCAUGAACGCCAAGGAUGUGAAGGCUCUCCUUGAUAUUCAGAAACAGCUUCGUGCUCAGAUCUCCAACUUUACCUUCAACCUUGGCUUCUCUGGGAAGUUCUACCACACAGGCACGGUGGAGGAGGAUGAGGGAGACGAUUUGCUGCUGAAGUAUGUGGAUGAGUUCUGGUGGUUCCCCCACAUGUGGAGCCACAUGCAGCCUCACCUCUUCCACAACGAGUCGUCCCUGCUGGAGCAGAUGGUGCUCAACAAGGAGUUCGCUCUGGAGCACAACAUCCCGGUGGACAUGGGCUACGCCGUGGCCCCUCACCACUCGGGCGUGUACCCGGUUCACCUGCAACUCUACGAGGCCUGGAGACGCGUGUGGAACAUCCGGGUCACCAGCACCGAGGAGUACCCGCACCUCAAGCCCGCCCGCUACCGCAAGGGCUUCGUCCACAGCAACAUCAUGGUGCUGCCUCGACAGACGUGCGGCUUGUUUACUCACACCAUCUACUAUAAGGAAUACCCGGGCGGACCUAAAGAACUGGACAAAAGCAUCCACGGGGGAGAGCUUUUUCUCACUUUGCUUCUCAACCCAAUCAGUAUAUUCAUGACCCACCUGUCCAACUACGGCAACGAUCGACUGGGUCUCUACACGUUCGUCCACCUGGCCUCUUUCCUCCGCUCGUGGACGAACCUGAAACUCCACACGCUCCCGCCCUUGCAGCUGGCACACAAAUACUUCCAGCUAUUUCCCGAACAAAGGAACCCUCUCUGGCAGAACCCAUGUGAUGACAAACGACACAAAGACAUCUGGUCCAAAGAGAAAACCUGUGACCGGUUACCCAAGUUCAUGGUCAUAGGACCACAGAAAACAGGAACGACAGCACUUUAUCUCUUCCUGCUCAUGCAUCCCUCCAUCUCCAGUAACUUCCCCAGUCCAAAGACGUAUGAGGAGGUCCAGUUCUUCAACACCAACAACUACCACAAAGGAAUUGACUGGUAUAUGGAGUUUUUCCCCGUGCCCUCUAAUGUGAGCACGGACUUUCUGUUUGAGAAGAGCGCUAACUAUUUCCCCUCGGAGGAGUCCCCGAGGCGAGGUGCUGCCCUGUUGCCCAAGGCCAAGAUCAUCACCCUGCUCAUCAACCCUGCUGACAGGGCCUACAGCUGGUAUCAGCAUCAAAGGGCCCAUGAGGACCACGCCGCCCUGCGCUUCACCUUCUAUGAUGUCAUCAGCGCAAGACCGGGAGCACCGGCCGAGCUGCGAUCCCUACAGAGCCGCUGCCUGAUCCCCGGCCUCUACUCCACGCACCUAGACAGAUGGCUCACGCACUACCCUGCUAACCAGGUGAUGAUCAUAGAUGGUCACCAGCUGAGAACCGACCCUGCAGCGGUGAUGGACGAGGUGCAGAAGUUCCUGGGAGUCACGCCCCAUUUCAACUACUCCCAGGCUCUUACGUUUGACCCUCAGAAAGGCUUCUGGUGCCAGCUCCUGGAGGGAGGAAAGACAAAAUGUUUGGGAAAGAGCAAAGGGAGGAAAUACCCUCUUAUGGAUCCAGAGGCUCAUGCAUUUCUCUCCAGGUAUUACAGGGAACACAACGUGGAGCUGUCAAAGCUGCUGCAUCGCCUCGGACAGCCCCUUCCUUCCUGGCUAAGAGAGGAGCUGCAGAAGAUAACCUUUGCAUCCAUGAGCCGGGGUUAAAGGUCAAAGGGUCGAAGACCGGGAAGCGACCAGGAGCAGCUGACCUUCAGAUGCACACUGUCUGUGGCCUUUAAGUGAACCCUGAGGUGACGGCGAGGACAGGGUGUCUUGUUUCUCCUCGUGACUGUGACGCUGCUGGAGGAGAGAGAGAGAGCAGAAGUUGAGGAAGUGCUGGAACUGAACUUCUAAAUGGACGGAUGGAUGAAUGGAUGGAUUCAUGGAUUGAUGGAUGGACAGUUUCAGGUGACUCAGACAGCUCUAAAGGAAGCGGGACUUGGAGGAGAAACCCUAUGUUACGGCAAAGAGAACUAUAUGCGACGAGGCGCAUAUGGCUUUGAUAAGUCUUCGAUGCCCAAACCCUGCCCUGAACUGUGGUGAACUCCUGUGCAGACCUGCAGUGACAUUGAUUAUUCUCUUUUUUUUUGUUGUUUCAUUUUAUUUUAACCUUUAAUUUAUGAUCCCAGAACAGCGCUGGUCAGCUGUGUGUGGUUCCCAUAGAGAUGAUGUUGCACUAAGUUCUUUUCCUCCGAGACAAACAGAUGCAUCCUAUGUGGUUUUAUUUUUUAAAGGUUGUUUUUGUCUCAUUGAGAGAGAAUGUGCAUAGACUCAGGGUGAGUGACAGGCUGUUACUUCCCGGGAUAGGUUCUCAUAGGUUUUUUGGUUAGUUUCUGGUAGAUCUGGUAACCUUGUACACCCUUAGACUGGAAAUGAUUAUCUGAACCAAGUUAUAUUUGCCUGCUCAUUAUCUUCCUCUGACAAGCAAAGCAGAAGAACGCCCUGUCUAUUUAGCAAAGCAUGAGUGCUGCUGAUUUCAGCGCUGAGGACCGAGGAGCCGUGAGCUUGUUGGAUCAACCUGACCAAACUGAGCCUAAUGGAUAUGGCACUUAAUUCCAAGACUCUUUUAAGUAGCUACUCUAACUGCUUAUGUUUUGUCAGUGUCUCACCCUCCUUCUGUUUCCUUUUUUUUAAAAACCGGUGGCCUACAUUGUUAAGCUUCAAUUUGAAUGCAAAAAAACUCCCUAAAUGUCAAACACAGAAACCAAAAUUAAAGAAAUGGAUAUGACUGA